UCCUUAAUGUACUAUUAACUGGAAGAGCCAUAAGUUAAUUAAUCUAUUAAACACCAGGGGCACGGCUGUGGCUUCCAACAUCCUCCUCAAAAAACACAAGAGUUAGUCUUAUAGAUUAAGCGGCCCGAAGCGAACGAGAACGCUCGGCUCCUCGCAGCCAACGGCCACAGCCCGGCCCGCCGCCAUUUUAAACUCUCCCUCCCCACCCAGCCGCCCGCCUCCCCCGUAGGCGCGGCCUGUCCUCACAAGCCGCCCUCGCCCAGAAGAUGCUAAAAGCCUUCGCCAGUGAUGAACUGCUCUCCCUGGUGUGUCCCAGCCUGCCAUAAAUCAGCGCUGGCUUUGGGCCCGUGAUGGGCGAUGUGUGUCUUUACUGAUAGAAAACCUGAAGUAUUUUUUUUUGCUUCACUGUGAAAGCUGGAAAAUGUUCAAAAAUCAAUAUCAGGGUGGCCCAUCUGUUGAAAUAUUCAGUGCUCAAGGUAAAAACCCAGGAGCAAAAUGGAGGAUUUUUGGCAAUCCAUCAGCCAUAUGGAAAGAAUACGAUAAAGAAACAAAGGGCUUUGUUUUUGUACUUGAAGGAAGCAGUCAAAUAAACAGAAUGCAGCUACCAAAGGAAACCAGACAAACUCUGGGACUGAUUCAGCCAUUCCUGACACUUCAAAUUUUGGUGCCAUUGGGACAAGACUUCUCUACUGAGUUACUGAUAACUGAUUUAGGAAAUAUUAAAAGAAGAUUAUAUUUGUCAACGGUCCACAAGGAAUUGUCUGUCACCCCUCUGCAUGCAAAAAUUCCUCUGUUUAUGAUCAAGCGCAAAAUAUGGUGCAAUUUGUGCAUUGACCUGGUAGCAUUCACCAGUGAAAUAUUCAGAGGAGCCAUCUUCCAGUCCUUGGAUGGAAUUAUUAUUUCAGCUAACUGUAAACUGAGGAAGAUCUUCACAUUAAAAUCCAAGCCUCAAGAUACAGCUGAAGAAAAUGAUCAGCGCGUUGUUCCAUUUACACCAUGUGAACCCACAGAUGUUAUUCCUCGAUCCUGCCAGCUUAAUGCAGACGUGCCACAAGUUACACAACUGCUGAACUUGGCUAAAAUUCACAAGCCAGAAAUAAAAUGCAGGAGUUCUCCAGUAACAAUGCAAGAAACAGCUCGCUUGGUUAAUAGAGGACAAGGCUAUAAGAGCAGCAGUAAAACUCAGGACGUGUCACAUAUUGCAUUUGGAUCAAAGAUCCUUGGACCGCCUCCAUCUUCAAACAGAAGAGUCAGCACAAGGAUAUCUGGAGAGGUAACAAGGACUGCGGGUAGCAAAAGUGAUAGAUCCUACCGACUUCAAAGUCCAGAAAAAAGAACUGAAUCCCUACAAAACACAGAGAGACUAGAGCUGUCGUUCUCACCAUGCAUGGAUUCUUUAGGUCAAGGAGAUAAAAGAAAUACUCACCAAGCAGCUAAAGACAUACAUCAAAAUGACUCUGCAGUUGAGACUGAGAAAACCUCUGAGAAUGGAAGAGCAGAUUUGGAGCUCCCCUUGCCACAAGAUCCAUCAACAGAUAAGAACGGUCAUAGAAGAUUAUGUCUAAAAAAUGCAGACGAAAGCACAUGGGAGACAAGCACUGAUGAAUGGAUGUUUCCAGAAAGUUCCACUGAGAACAUUCAGUUGGAUGGGAGCGAGCAGCAUGCAGCCACUCAAGGUUCAGCCUGCUGGGAUUUAACCUCACCAGAGACCGCUUUUAUGGAAGAUCAGCACAAUGAAAUGGGUGAUUGCAACAUGAAUCAAAAAGAGAUAUUCACAUUUUCAUCAAGACCUCGAUCAGCUCCUCAUGGGAAAUCCCCAAAUACAUCACCAGAACGCUGCAUUUUCCCUCUGGAUUUGAAGCAAGACAGUAACUGUGUCCAGGGGGAAACCCAACCUGAAGAUAACUUUCAAGGAACUGACAGUAGUGAAGAGGAUGACAACAGUGACUUUAUCCAGAGUACUGAGAACCUUGAGAUCAGCUGCAGCAGACAAGGAACAUCUGAUUCAGCAGCUUUUAAAGACAACACAUUAAAGAGGAUAUCACAGAGAAAUGAAUACUGGAAAAAUAAGGGAUGCAGCAAACAAAACCUCGAGGAAAGCAUGGUGUCAGAACCACAGAGUUCCACUGUGCAAAAGACAGAACUCACCAGCUCUCAGACAACCCUGAAGCCUACUCUUUCUCUUUCUCCAACUGGAAGUAAAACUGAAUUCUUUAAAGUCAUUCCAAGCAUGUCUGAAAAAACUGAAAAACCUGAGAGAGUUUCUGGUCAAAUAAAGUCAUCAGUCAGCAAAAACCCCCUCAAGAAAGUCUCGAGAGAAAAUUUACAUCUGACAACACAGACUCGUGAGUAUGACUGGAAGAACUACCAGUCAUGUAGACUGAGUGCAUCUGAACUGCAGAUGCUGGCCAGCAUGAAGAGGCAACAAAACGAAGAACUGAAGGAUACAGAAAUCUCACAUGGGUUGAGUGCAUCAGAAAUAGACAAUUGUAAUGUGAACAUAAGCACAAGCAGUGAUGAUACAACAACCUGGAAUUCUUGUUUCCCACCACCCGUCAGUCAGGAGCAUCACUAUCAGAAAGAAAUGAGCCCACUUUCACAUUCCAACCCACGGCUCAGAAGUAAAAUUGCACCUCUGACUGCAGGUGUCAGGGAAUCCAUUUGUUAGAAAAGGUUUUAAUGUUACUUACUUAGAAAGGACUUUUCAAUAGAUAACCCAGUCAGGACAAGGUGCCAUGUAAUAGCACUGUGGGAUAGUUCAAACCAAUCCUGUCUGAAGUGUAUUUUGGAUGUCAAGUUUUUAGUCUUAUCUGUUCUGUUUGGAAUCAGCACCAAAAGCCCAGUGACUUUAAUGUAAGAUAAGAUGGGGAUGUGAAGACAAGGGGAGAUGGUGGCUGAAGAGAAGCGAUGAACCUUCAGACAACCAGAUUGAACCGUCCUGUUUCAGAACUGCCUUGCACAUGUGAAAGCCCACAAAGCAUCACUUUGCCAGUUCUUGAACAGCCUGAAAAAGGAGGCGAACUUAAUUCUUAAAGCAGUCCUGCUUCCCUUUCCAUUGGUGUGAUGAACACAGAUUUUGCAUGUCUGAGUUGUAGCUGGGCAAUGCAGGCAUGUUGGGAGGGAUCUGAGGAGAGGCUAUUUUGGAAAUGACUGCCAGAUAGUUUGCUCCAUUUCUUUUCGGGAUACCAACAGUGUGAAAUUUUAUGACAGUGCACUGCCAGCCAAUUGUGCAUCACAAUAUGCAUUUCUUCGCACACAGAUGUUUUCAGUCACUUGUUUUACUUCCCAGCCACGUUUUUAUUAUCUUCUUGUUAGAUUUUAUGGAGUGAACACUAUGAAACUUGCUGUGCAAGUUCACCCAGAUGCAUCACUUAUUGCAAUGUACAGCCAUAUGUUUCUUAGUACACACAGCAUAUUACUGGAGUUCAAGUACAAGCCUCAAUUCCUGUCCCAUUUCAUAAGUAAACCUACGUGCCAAUACUGUUCUAGAAAACCUCUCCACCUUCUGUGCUACUUACCCAAGGAUCUAUCUCUGUCCUUACUAAUUGUGGACAAAGUGGGUGGAGACACUUGACUACAGCCCACAGGUUAAGUUAUCUGGUACCUUGCAACUGACCAGGACUUCUAUUCCAGAACUGAUUUCCUAAUUCUGACGGUGUAAGAAUAUCCCACAUUUUAGCACAAGCUGCAUUGCUUUCCUACUUCCAGCCAAUAGGUUGAGUCAGAUUCUAUUAUUCUUAUUUGUGUGAUAAAGCAAUUUGGUACUCGGCAGGUUUUAUAUACUGAAAAAGAGAAGAAGCACCGUUAUCUGUAAAAAUAAAGCAUUUCAGAAUAUUGAGUUUAGAUGAUCACCAAUGAAAACUUAUAUUUCCAUACAAUAAAAUCUAAAACAAAAUGGUAUAAACUACAACUUUGUUCCUGUGCUGUUUUAGUCCAGUACACACAGCAGACAAAUUUACAUAGAAGUCAUUUUCGAGAAAUUCAGGCAAAGUAUUCGUAAAAUACCUGAAUAUGUGGAAGUGCCUCAUAAAUUCAGUAGCCUUUGUGAACUGCCAGGAAAGUACUAUUGGGCUGUAAAUAGAGAAGAUGACAAAAUUAGGAGGUCAGUUUGCAUCAUGGUGUAAAAACUGGAAAAGAUGCGUGCGGAAUAUCGCGAUUCACAUCGUUCACUUUCAUUUGUAAUGGAAAGGAUCAGCAAUGUUUUCUGUGUGUAUGUGAGAGAGAGAGAAAAUUCAUGGUAAUUUUAUAACUUAGUACUUAAGGUAUUUUUAAAAAGCCUGUUUUAACAAAUAAUAUAUGGGCAAGUGGAAAAUACCUCAAUCUUUGUGAGCCUUUGAUAGCUGUGAAAGUGAACAUGUGAGAAUAUCUGAAAAGCUGACGUAUCCUGUGUAGAUCAGUGGGUAUAAACACCACCGUAUGAAGAGAAAUACAUUAUGCACUUACUGAUAGAACAAAUGGUUUGUUGUAAAGAGCAGUAACGAGUGUGACAGGUCUGAAGUAACCUUAAAAGGCAUAUUAGUUGUAUUUUCUGGGAAGCGGAGAGAGCAAUGUAGCAGCUAUUGUCCAGUGAGUGUAGCUUCUAUCCAUUAGAAGAUAAGCCAGGAAAGAAAGCAACUGUGAAGAUAAUGGAAAUACAGUCAAUAAAAAGACCCAGCUAGACUCAUUUUCCAGUGGAUCCACUGGGUGAAGGUCAUAAGUCUGCCAAGAAUAUUACUGCUGCAGUACAAAUCAUGCCCACAUCAUGCUGCUUUGCAAGGCACAGAACCGGUGAAUGAAAGGAGGCAGACAGACUGCAGAGGCUACAGAGCCAGGUGAGCAAGAAGGUGUGCGGGGUCUGGAGCCUUAGCAAUGCAGUUCCCCAGGCUGACUGGCUGUACGGUCCAAGCUGAACUCCAUAACUGCUUCUUUUCCCUCCAGAUAGGAAACUUAUUAGCUGUUACUUCUCCCUCCAGAGCAGGGGCUGGAAACUGCUAUGCUUAUAGUAAGCAUUUCAGCAGCAUUGUCCUCCCAAAUGUUUGUGUGUUGUAGAAGAUUUGGAAGUUGAAUUAAAGGAAAUGCUGGAAGAAAGUUAAUAUCCCAGAGGAGCUGCAGCAAUACUGAACUGCAAAAUGAGGAACUGUUCUGUAAAAAAGAUAUUCACCCUAAUUGUAUGAAUAGAUUUUCUGAACUACAGAUGCUCUUCAGAAAAUUUAUUUCUGAUAAAAGCUGAUUUUCCAUCUUUGAGAGGUAUUUUUUUAAGUUGAAAACCGUCUUUAUAAGCAUUGCCUCAGCAGCUCCUCAGCUGCCAUCCUGCUCAGCUCUUCCCAAUCUACCAAAUUAGAUUUGUUCCUCUGAAGUUCAAGCAGCUGUUCACAGAAACCAUGCGAGGGCAGGACAUAAAUAUUUCAGCACAUGGUUAGGAAUCUGUUCUAAGGAAGGAUGUUUUACUUCAGUAAUUUUAUAUAAAACGUACACAGGCGAUUUUUCAUUUAGGUUUUACCCAGACAUUUGGUUCUAUAUGUUUAAAAAAUGGGAAUUCCCAUAGUGAGUUUUGGGCAUAAAGAUUGGAUGAUAGUAAAUAUCUCCCUGAUAUGGACUAUGGCCGAGAAUACACACAAGAUCAGCACAUACAACACAGGCUUUGUUGUAUGAGAAAGCUUAUGUGCCAGUGGUCUCCAACUAAAGAAUGAGUGAUCAAGGCAUGUUUCAUUCAC